AUGCCCGGUUCUCGGCAUUCAGACUCGUCAAUGACGCUGGACGAGAAGUCCCAUAACGGCACGGUUCCCAGCAGGACAGGGGACGAGGAGAAGAUCGAUGGCGCACCGUACACUGCACCCGUGUCCUCUAACAAGCGUCCUUCAAUAGAGAGGAUACCGUCGCAGAAUGAGGAGACGGAGGCCAAUAUCUACCCCGACCCGGAAAAUGUCGUCGAGGCCGAUCUUGAGAAGGGCGGCGUGAAUCCACCGCAACCAGUCGGUCCUCCUCCCGGCAUCAAUCCCGCCGACUUCCCGGAUGGUGGCUUCCAGGCGUGGCUUGUUGUGUUCGGCGGCUGGUGCGGAUUGUUCUGCACGUUCGGUCUCAUCAACUGCAUUGGUGUGUUCCAGGAGUACUAUGUCUCAGGCCCUCUAAGCAACUACAGCCAAUCGACGAUUAGUUGGAUUCCGUCGAUGGAGGUCUUUGGUAUGACCUUCUGCGGCGUCGUUUUUGGUCGGCUUUUCGACUCGUACGGCCCCCGGUGGCUGCUGAUCAUUGGCACAAUCUUCUACGUGUUCGGGUUGAUGAUGGUCUCGCUCUCCAAAGAGUAUUAUCAAUUCUUCCUGGCGCAGGGCGUUGUCGCUGCUGUUGGCUCUUCGGCCGUCUUUAAUGCAUGCAUGUCGUCGGUAGUCUCGUGGUUCUUCAAGCGCCGUGCCGCCGCCUUUGGUAUCAUGGUUUCCGGGUCCUCUCUUGGCGGUGUCGUCCUUCCAAUUAUGAUGAAUCACAUGAUCCCCAAGAACGGCUUCCCUUGGGCCAUUCGAGCAGUUGCCUUCCUGUUCCUCGGCCUCCUAACCAUCUCAUGUCUAACCGUUCGAUCGCGUCUGCCACCGCGUCCGAAGCCGCUGGUUUUAUCUGAAUAUCUCGCCGGAUUCAAGGAGCCCGCUUUCGUGCUCACCGUCGCGGCAUGCUUCCUGUUCUUCUGGGGCAUGUUCCUGCCCUUCAACUACAUCCUUCUGCAAGCCGCCCAGGUCGGCGUGCGCCCUUCCCUAGUGCCGUACCUGCUGCCUAUCAUCAACGCCGUGUCGAUAGUUGGACGUAUUGCGCCAGGCAUCUUCGCCGACCGCUUUGGCCGAUACAAUGUCAUGAUCCUCAUCACCGCCUUGAGCGCCAUCAUCACCCUCGCGCUCUGGAUCCCUGGCAAGAACGCUGCCGCCAUCAUCGUCUAUUCAAUCCUCUUCGGGUUCAGCUCUGGAGGCUUCAUCAGUCUGGGCCCCACGCUCAUUGCGCAGAUCUCAGACAUCAGACAAAUCGGCAUCCGCACUGGCACGGCUUUCGCGGUGCAGAGCUUCGGCGCGCUGACCGGCAGCCCGAUCGCCGGCGCGAUUGUCAGCUCCCAACAUGGCGACUACUUGGGUCUGCAGCUGUUCUGUGGCUGCGCCAUGGCUGCCAGUGUAGUGGUGUUCCUCAUCGCGAGGUAUGUGCAGGCCGGGUUCAAGUUGAAGAAGAUCUAG